AUGCUCAAGAGUGCAACAUCCACAAUGGUCGCGCCUUACGACGGGCCUCGUUACAGUGCUCUCAGCCGGCGUAUACAUGGAUGGUCCUGGCAAUCGUUCCCUAUUGGAAUGGGUACCGGCGCCGUCUAUGUUCUCUUAUCGUCCCUUAGCCCCCAUCCGGGUUGGGUCACCUACAUUGAGAUCGUGUUCUAUAUUCUGAACAUCUGUUUGUUUGUUUUGAAUCUUUCAAUGCUCGGCCUACAGUUCAUAUUUUUCCGUCGCCAAUCCCUGAGGCUGUUAUCUGACCCAGUCAAAGGCGUCUUUGUUCCACUUUCUGUGCUUUCAUUCGCCACCAUUGUCAUCGGCACAAUCAAUUAUGCGGUCCCUGCGGGAAUUAUAAGUGCCAGCGGUAUAUACGUUAUGUUUUGGAUAUAUGUUGCGCUAGCACUGGUAGUAUCAUUCCCCAUGCUAAUGAUAUGGUUCAAUAAACCACAUGAUAUCACUACUUUUACUCCAGCCUGGGCAUUCUUGAUAUUCCCAAUAAUGCUUACUGGAAUCAUGGCUCUCAAUGCAUUGAGAGUCAUACCCGCUUCUGAUUCCCGCGCUCUUGGCAUUCUACUCGUCGGAUACUUCUUUCAAGGCAUUGGGUUCUUCAUGACCUUCUUCUAUCUCGCUAUCUAUGUCCUACGCAUAAUAACCACAGGAUUUAUGAGCGGACACCAAGCGAAUGGCGCCUUCGUUGCAUGUGGACCACCUGGGUUCACUGCGCUGGCUCUUAUCAACCUUGGGGCUUCUGCGAGGGAAAUCUUUCCCCAACACGAUCUUGUUUCUCCAAUAGCAGGAGAAAUAUUCUAUGCUGCGAGCGUAUUAAGCGCAUUGCUUCUCUUUGGACUUGCUGUAUUCUUCUUUGCAUUCGGCGUUCUUCCUUACUGGUUCAAGCUCCACAAGCACUUGCAUGAAAUUCUUGGAUGUUGGGCACUAACCUUCCCCAAUGUUGGUUGGAUUAAUACAAUCAUGGCUUUGAGGAAGAUAUUCAAUAUUCCGGGCUUUGAUGAGUGGCACCUCGUAAUGACUAUCAUGGUGUGCGUGACCUGGCUUGUGUUGUUCUGCCUCACGAUCGUCGCAUUCUGGAAGGGGGAAGUAUUCAUGUCCAGGGAUGAAGACAUCUAUGCAGACGCCCCUAUAGCCAAGCCAAAACCUGAAGACAUGGUCUGA